CGCCCCCACCUCCCUCCGUGCGGCCGCCGGUCCCUCCCUCCGCUCCCGCUCUCCCUUUUGUGAGUUAUAGCAACCGUUGCCUUGUGAGUCGAGCGCCAUAGUCACCGUAGUCCUGGCGACUGUUACCCAUCAACAACAGCCGCUCCGCGCCCGCUCCUGCUCCUCCGCCUCCUGCCGCUGCUCCGCACCCCCCGCCUCACCGUCACCCACCACAACAACAACAACAACAACAACCACAGCCGCCGCCAGCACCAGCAGCGACAGCGGGAGCGCCGCCGCAGCCCGCCCCGGCACAGAGAUCACAAUGCAGACAUCGGAGACUGGGGCGGAUACAAGUUCGACUGUGACUUUACAGACAUCUGUGGCUGGCCAGGCAGCAGUGCCCACACAGGUAGUACAGCAAGUACCAGUUCAGCAGCAGGUACAGCAAGUGCAGACUGUGCAACAGGUACAGCAUGUAUACCCAGCCCAGGUUCAGUAUGUGGAGGGAAGUGACACAGUCUACACUAAUGGAGCUAUCCGAUCAACAACUUACCCUUACACAGAAACCCAGAUGUACACUCAAAACACUGGGGGAAAUUACUUUGAUACUCAAGGAAGUUCUGCACAGGUGACAACAGUGGUCUCGUCUCACAGCAUGGUGGGCACUGGAGGGAUUCAGAUGGGCGUAACAGGAGGACAACUGAUUAGCAGCUCAGGAGGGACCUAUCUGAUUGGGAAUUCAAUGGAAAAUUCUGGUCACACGGUGACUCACACGACGCGAGCCUCCCCAGCGACAAUUGAAAUGGCGAUUGAGACACUGCAAAAGUCUGAUGGUCUGUCCACUCACAGAAGCUCUCUUCUCAACAGCCAUCUUCAGUGGCUUUUAGACAACUAUGAAACUGCAGAAGGAGUGAGCCUUCCAAGAAGUACCCUUUACAACCAUUACUUACGGCAUUGUCAGGAACACAAAUUGGAUCCAGUCAAUGCUGCCUCCUUUGGAAAACUUAUACGGUCAAUCUUCAUGGGACUGCGGACCAGAAGACUUGGAACUAGGGGAAACUCCAAAUAUCAUUACUAUGGGAUUCGUGUCAAGCCAGACUCUCCUCUUAAUCGGCUACAAGAGGACAUGCAAUAUAUGGCAAUGAGACAACAACCCAUGCAGCAGAAACAGAGGUAUAAGCCCAUGCAGAAAGUGGAUGGAGUUGCAGAUGGCUUCACAGGAAGUGGUCAACAGACAGGCACAUCUGUUGAACAAACUGUAAUUGCCCAAAGUCAACAUCAUCAACAGUUUCUAGAUGCAUCUCGAGUACUGCCAGAGUUUGGAGAAGUUGAAAUCUCUUCUCUGCCAGAUGGUACUACCUUUGAGGACAUCAAAUCACUACAGAGUCUUUAUCGAGAGCACUGUGAGGCAAUACUGGAUGUGGUUGUUAAUCUUCAAUUCAGCCUGAUAGAAAAAUUGUGGCAAACUUUCUGGCGCUAUUCUCCCUCUGCUCCACCUGAUGGCACUCCUGUCACUGAACCAAGCAAUCUGAGUGAAAUAGAAAGUCGACUUCCAAAAGCAAAGCUGAUUACUCUGUGCAAGAAUGAGUCUAUUCUGAAAUGGAUGUGUAACUGUGACCAUGUGAUGUACCAGGCUUUGGUGGAGAUUCUCAUUCCUGACGUCCUUAGACCUAUUCCUAGUGCCUUGACCCAAGCCAUUCGCAAUUUUGCAAAAAGCCUUGAAGGUUGGCUUUCAAAUGCCAUGAACAAUAUUCCACAGAGGAUGAUACAAACCAAGGUUGCCGCUGUAAGUGCCUUUGCCCAGACUCUGCGAAGAUACACAUCUCUUAAUCACCUGGCUCAAGCAGCUCGUGCUGUGCUUCAAAAUACUUCUCAAAUCAACCAGAUGCUCAAUGAUCUUAACCGUGUUGAUUUUGCCAAUGUUCAGGAGCAGGCUUCCUGGGUGUGCCAGUGUGAUGACAACAUGGUUCAGAGACUAGAAACAGAUUUCAAGAUGACUCUUCAACAGCAGAGCACUCUGGAGCAGUGGGCUGCCUGGCUUGAUAAUGUAAUGAUGCAAGCGUUGAAACCAUAUGAAGGAAGACCCAGCUUUCCUAAAGCAGCACGGCAAUUUCUGUUAAAAUGGUCUUUCUACAGCUCAAUGGUGAUUCGAGAUUUAACCUUGCGCAGUGCUGCUAGCUUUGGCUCUUUUCAUCUGAUCCGCUUGCUUUACGAUGAAUACAUGUUUUACUUAGUAGAACAUCGUGUUGCUCAGGCAACAGGAGAGACACCUAUUGCAGUUAUGGGAGAGUUUGGUGAUUUAAAUGCUGUGUCCCCUGGAAAUAUGGAUAAAGAUGAGGGCAGUGAAGUUGAAAGUGAAAUAGAUGAAGAGCUGGAUGAAAGUGGAGAGCCACAAGCCAAGAGAGAGAAAACUGAGCUAAACCAGGCGUUCCAGGUGGGCUGCAUGCAGCCAGUGCUCGAGAGUGGAGUACAGCAGAACCUCCUGAACCCAAUGCAUAAUGAGCACAUUGUUACAACUACUCAGACUAUCAGACAAUGCAGUGCUACUGGAAAUACAUAUACUGCAGUCUAAUGUGAAACUUCCCUCGCCUCUGACACACGCCCCAUUGCAUUAGUCCUUUAGGUUUAAUAUGAAAAAACU